GCGCUUUCACCUUUGAUAGCUUGCGAAUUGACAAUUCAAUUCAAUUUCCCAUUCCUUCUCAAUUCACGUCUUUUUCGCAUUGCGCCAAACAACAUUGCGUUUGAAAUGAGAAGACGCAAUCCAAAAUGCAGUGCUAUGCCGAGUUGACGCCUCCGACGGCUGUCACACAUUCCUUGGUGCUAUCCUUCAUCUCGGCGCAAAGCAACAAUCUCGUUGUCGCAAGAGCAUCUAUCCUUCAGAUCUUCACCACUAAAUUGGUAUCUGCAGAGCUUGACAAAGCCCAGAAUGCUCAAUUGCAAUCCUCUAGGUCCGCCGAUCAUUACGACUCUCGAGUAAAUGAUGACGAUGGCCUCGAAGCUUCUUUCCUCGGCGGCGAAUCCCUGCUCGUUCGGUCGGAUCGAUCCAACUUCACGAAAUUGGUACUUGUUGCUGAAUUCCCACUGGCUGGGACUAUAACAGGACUUGCGCGCAUAGAGUCGAAGACGACCGCAUCCGGCGGGAAUGCCUUGUUGGUAGCAUUCAGAGACGCGAAGCUUAGUAUGGUCGAAUGGGAUCCCGAGAAGAAUUCGUUGAAUACCACCUCCAUACACUACUAUGAACAAGAGGACCUUCAAGGGAGUCCGUGGGCUGCUCCUCUAAGCCAAUAUGCCAAUUUCCUAGCAGCAGACCCGGGCAGCCGAUGUGCAGCCCUGAAAUUUGGGGCGCGGAGCCUUGCUAUUAUCCAAUUCAAGGGUGCAGAAGAAGAUAUAGACAUGGACGAUUGGGAUGAAGAGUUGGAUGGGCCAAGACCAGCGAAAGAAUUAUCCACUGCGCUCGCAAAUGGAAUUAGCAGCAGUCAAGAGACACCAUAUUCAACCUCAUUUGUUCUUCGACUGCCUAACCUUGACCCUGCUCUAAUCCACCCCGUACAUCUUGCCUUUCUCCACGAGUAUAGGGAACCGACGUUUGGCAUUUUAUCUUCGACUACAUCACCCUCUUUAGUCCUCGGUCGAAAAGACCAAUUAACGUAUAUGGUAUUUACUUUGGAUCUUAAUCAGAAGGCCUCUACAACCAUUCUAUCAGUGACAGGUCUUCCCCAAGAUUUGUUCCGCGUCAUCGCGCUGCCUGCGCCGGUCGGCGGUGCUCUCCUAGUCGGUACAAACGAACUUAUCCACAUCGACCAGUCUGGAAAAUCGCAUGGCGUAGGCAUAAAUCAAUUUGCAAGGCAAUCGACAUCUUUCAGCUUAGCUGAUCAAUCCGACCUUGCACUAAGGCUGGAAGGUUGUGAAAUCGAGGUUUUAUCCGCGGAAAAUGGUGAAUUUUUAAUGGUUCUUCGAGACGGUCGCCUUGCCAUGAUUACAUUCAGAGUUGAUGGUAGAAUCGUAUCUGGAUUAAGCGUUCGAUUAGUUUUACCAGAGGCCGGCGGGACUAUCAUACCGACUGGCGUUACAACCUUAAGUAAAGUGAAUAAAACUUGUGUAUUCGCUGGUAGCGAAGGUUCCGAUUCAUUGAUGAUCGGUUGGACACGCAAACAAAGUCAAUCUGGGAGGAGAAAACCACGUCUGCAAGACUCCUCAUUAGAGCUUGAUAUAGAUGAUGAGGAUAUGGAAGAUCUGGACGAUGACGAUGAUCUAUACGACGAAGAUGAUACAACGGCUAAGCAGCCCACGAAUAUGUCGAAGUCGGGAGAGCUCAUCUUUCGUAUACAUGAUCGCCUUCUAAGCAUCGCACCCAUAAGGGAUUUUGCCCUUGGGCAAGCGACAUCACCUAUAAAAGAAGAUGACACGAAUCAGGCCGGUGUUACGAGCGAGUUAAGCCUCGUGUGUGCAUGCGGUCAAGGAGAAGCCGGAUCUCUCGCUAUAAUUAACCGAGAAAUACAACCGAAAGUUAUUGGGCGCUUCGAAUUCCCAGAAGCACGGGGCUUCUGGACUAUGGACGCGCAGAAACCGAUACCGAAAGCGCUACAGGGUGAGAAGGGAGUUACAGCCAUAGCCGCGGACUAUGAUACGUCCGCGCAACAUGACCGUUUUAUGAUUGUUCCCAAGAUCGACUUGGAUGGAUACGAAACCUCGGACGUAUAUGCUUUAACAGGCGCAGGAUUUGAGGCCUUAACUGGAACAGAAUUUGAACCCGCUGCUGGAUUUACCAUUGAAGCUGGUACUAUGGGCAACCAUAUGAGAAUCAUUCAAGUUCUCAAAACCGCUGUCCACUGCUACGAUGGAGACUUUGGACUUACUCAGAUCCUACCAAUGCUCGACGAAGAGACAGGUGCAGAACCAAGGGUAAAUUUCGCAAGCAUUGUUGAUCCCUUCAUUCUACUAGUACGGGAUGACGCAAGUGUCUUCAUUGCUAAAAUAUUCAAAAACUUGGAACUCGAGGAACUUGAAAAGGAAGACUCGGCACUCACAUCCACGAAAUGGGCCACUGGCUGUUUAUACGAAGAUAGAACUGGCUUGUUCUCUCAAAGUCCCAGUGAUAAAGGCUUCAAGGAAGGUGAAAAUAUAGUAAUGUUUUUGCUCAGCAAGGCUGGAGCACUACAUGUAUACUCCCUACCCAAUCUCUCGAGUCCUGUUUAUGUUGCAGAAGGCUUGCCAUUCGUGCCUCCAGUACUUUCAGCCAAUUUUGCAGCAAGGCGGGGAACUGCUAAAGAUAUCAUAAAGGAAAUAUUAGUAGCCGAUCUUGGUGAUCUGACAUCGACGUACCCCUAUUUAAUUGCUCGACAUGAUAACGAUGACAUAACGAUAUACCAACCCUUCCGUAUCCCUUCAACGGAGUCACAAGAGCUUUCUACGACUCUUCACUUCCAGAAACUUCCUAAUCCCGUUCUAGCCGACGAUCCAAUAAUACCUUUAGAUGAUGAAGAUGAAAUACAACAACAGACACCACCUAUGCGCCGAUGUGACAACAUUGGCGGAUAUAAGACAGUAUUCUUGCCAGGAAGUUCCCCAAGCUUCGUCCUCAAAUCGUCAAAGACUCUGCCAAAGGUCCUAAGAUUACAAGGUGAUGGGGUUAGGGGCAUGAGCCCAUUUCACACUGAAGGCUGUGAGCGUGGCUUUAUAUAUGCAGAUUCCAAAGGUAUCGCACGUGUUUCCCAGAUACCGACCCGCAACAGCAGUUAUGCCGAAAUAGGCAUGUCCCUCAGGAAAAUCCCUCUAAACACCGACAUACACUCUAUUACCCAUCAUCCACCCUCUGGUACGUUCGUCGUGGGUUGCGAUACACUAGAACCGUUCGAAUUGCCGAAAGAAGACGACUAUCAUAAAGAAUGGCAGCAAGAAAAAGAUCUUGCCUUUAAGCCCUCAGUUCGGCGCGGCCAGAUCAAAUUAAUAAACCCUAGUAAUUGGACGAUCAUUGACACUAUCGAGAUGGAACCCUGCGAGAUGGUAAUGUGUGUAGAGACUGUCAACCUUGAAGUCUCGGAGUCGACGAAUGAACGAAAGCAUCUUAUCACUGUCGGCACAGCAGUAUCUCGUGGCGAAGAUCUCCCCAUUAGAGGCAGAGUCCUCGUGUACGAUAUCGUGACCGUCAUUCCCGAACCGGGAAAACCAGAGACAAACAAGAAGCUCAAGCUGAUCGCAAACGAAGAUAUUCCUAGGGGUGCAGUUACGGCUCUUUCUGAGAUUGGCACACAAGGUCUAAUGUUGGUGGCUCAAGGGCAGAAGUGCAUGGUUCGUGGGUUGAAGGAGGAUGGGACUCUAUUACCCGUUGCAUUUAUGGAUAUGAGUUGCUACGUGACAGCGGUUCGCGAACUCAAGGGCACUGGUCUUUGCCUUAUGGCUGAUGCCGUCAAGGGUGUCUGGUUCACAGGCUACACAGAAGAACCCUACAGGAUGGUGCUCUUUGGAAAGAGUUCUACCAAAUUGGAGAUACUCACGGUAGAGUUUCUCCCAGAUGGGAAUGAGCUGUUGAUCGUGGCCUGUGAUUCAGAUGGUGGAAUCCAUAUUCUACAAUUUAAUCCCGAUCAUCCAAAAUCCCUACAAGGCCAUCUUCUUCUCCACCGAACCACAUUUUCAGCUGGUGCGCAUCCUCCCACGCGUAGCAUGCUACUUCCUCGUACCUUACCCGCCGACUCCGACUACCUAGCUCAAUCUGCUACAAACAACGCUACUCCAGCCAACGGAGCAUCAACCGAUGGCAACACUACUAGAGAAUCAUCUCCCUCUCCACAAGCUCCUCCUUCUAUUAUCCUCUUUUCUUCUCCUACAGGUGCUCUUGCCACACUCGCACCGCUCUCCGAGCCCCAGUACCGCCGGCUGUCGUUCCUGACGGGUCAAGUGCUCUCAUCGCUGCCGCACCACAGUGGGCUCAACCCCAAGGAGUAUCGCGCCCCAGCCGCUGUCCAAGCAGGUGUCGUGGGUCGUCUUCCUCCAGGGGUUGACGCCGGUGCGGGACGUGCGGUUGUGGAUGGAGCACUGCUGGCGAGGUGGAAUGAGCUUGGUGCUGGUCGACGUGCGGAGAUUGCCGGCAGAGUUGGAUUUGCGGCAGGCGCCGAGGAGGUUAGGGAUACGUUGAGAGAAGUUCUAGGAGCGGCUGGAUUAGGGUAUUUGUGAUGAGUUGAGGAGCGAGGGGCGUUUUUGAGUAAGAUAGGAAGAAAAGAGAGGUGGUCAUGAAAGUAGAAUGCGGAUUCGCGAAAUUAUAUCGAUUCGUGAAGAUUUGUAUUCUGGAAGUCUCGACCGCAAAAGUCCGACACUUAAAAGAUCUGCUUUCGCCGAAAAGAUCAAGAGACAGCAGCAGACACUAUUUAGUGUACAAAUAAUACCUGACAAUCACAGAAUUUGAAUUGGCUUAAACAUGAAGUAUUUCUUUU